AUGCAGGCUCAUCAUCAUUCUCCAAUGGCUUCUGCUAUAAAUUAUCUUGUGUUCUUCUCUCUUUUGCUUUUCUCUCCCACUUUGGCCAUGGCUAACAUAGCUUUGACCUCAUCACUAUCCGCCAUUAACGACAACUCUUCAUGGAAUUCCCCUUCUGGGGACUUUGCUUUUGGUUUCCACCAGCUUAAUAACCCAAACACUUUCCUUCUUGCAAUCUGGUAUGCAAAUAUACCUGAUAAAACAAUUGUCUGGCAUGCAAAUUCGACUAAUCCAAUUCAAAGAGGGUCGAGACUCGAACUCAGGACUACCGGGUUAGUUCUAAACGAUCCUCAAGGCCGAACAAUAUGGACGGCAGAACCCGAUAGCACCGUGUCUGAUGCCGCCAUGCUUGACAGUGGAAACUUUGUGCUUUCAGACAGUGAUUCUGUCAAGGUUUGGGAAAGCUUCGAAAAUCCCACAGACACCAUUUUGCCAACCCAAGUAUUGGGAUGGGGAGGCAAACUCUAUUCAAGGCUAAAUGAAGCCAACUACUCGAAGGGCAGGUUUGAGCUCCAAUAUUUCUCAAAUGGUUAUAUGAAACUCUAUCCCGUGGCUUGGCCUACUGAAUACCCUUAUGAUGAGAACUAUUAUAGCAUCAACACAUCUAGCACCAACUCUUCUGAAUCUGGAUUUCAGCUGGUUUUUGGCGAAUCGGGCGAGAUUUAUAUAGAGAAAGGAAAUGGAGAGAGAGUUCAACUUUCAUGGCAGACUAUAGCUCCACCAAGGGUGAAUUACUAUUAUCGAGCAACAUUGGAUUUUGACGGGGUUUUCAGGCAAUAUGCUUAUCCCAAUGGUUCUGCCGGUGAUCGAAGAUGGUCUGUGGUUCGAUAUAUUCCCGAAAACAUUUGCAUUCAGCUGACACACACUCAACAGGGCAGCGGAGUCUGUGGGUUCAAUAGCUAUUGCAAUCAAACCAGUGGGACUCCAAGUUGUCACUGCCCACCUGGGUAUUCGCCGAUCGAUCCGAAUAACCAAUUUGGUGGCUGUAAACCCAAUUUUGCUCAAGGGUGUGGAGUGGAUGAUCAAUCAGUAGACCCUGAAGAACUGUAUUAUUUUCAGAAGCUUCAGGGUUUGAAUUGGCCAUUUGGAGAUUAUGAUCGCUUGGAACCUUAUAAUCAGACUGAUUGUGAACAGUCUUGCUUGCGUGAUUGUUUGUGUGCAGCUGCCAUAUUUGAUGGCUUAAAUUCAAGAUGCUGGAAGAAGAAAAUGCCACUUUCUAACGGGCGAGUCGAGCGUGGAUCACUGGUUCUCAUCAAAGUAAGGAGAGAUGUUUCUAGCGUCCCAGGCAUGCCCAAUAUUCCGUCAUAUCGUUCUGGUAACACCAAGACAGAGAAGCAAAUUCUCUUAGGAUCACUGGGAAGUUCCAUGUUCUUCAAUGUUCUUUUUCUAGUUUUGAUUGCUCGAAUCGUUUUAUUGAGGCGCAAGAAGAAAAGACCUGCAAAAGAUCCAGCAGUAAUUGAGCCGAAUCUGCGUUUAUUUAGUUUCAAAGAACUUGAUGAUGCACAAAAAUGGUUUUGCACACCACCUGUCAAGUAUAGAUAA